GGAUAAAGAUCAAGACGGAUUGAUCAGCAAGGAUGAGAUGGUGGCGUAUUUCCUCCGGGCCAACCCUCUGCUCCAGUGUAAGAUGGGACCAGGAUUCAUUCACAACUUUCAGGAGAUGACCUAUCUGAAGCCAACCUUCUGUGAACAUUGUGCUGGAUUUCUCUGGGGAAUCAUCAAGCAGGGAUACAAGUGCAAAGACUGUGGUGUUAACUGUCAUAAACAAUGUCGGGAACUGCUGGUUCUGGCCUGCAGGAAGCUGAUUGGCUCAGGCUCUGUAAGCAGCGGCUCUCCAGCCAGGCUGACCCACAGCUCUCUGCCCAACAGCCCAACGCUGCCCACCUGUAAAGGAUACCUACAAGAGACAGAGGAGGUUCCUUUCACCUGAACCUAAACCUAAACAGAG